UGUUCAAAGCCCACACACAUCUGGCUUCCAGGAAGCUGAUGAUAGUGAGACUGGGGGUGGAGACACUGUCCAGCUCUCCACACGUGAGGUUUUUCCAACCUUUCUGUCUGUGGGUUAAUUUGUGACUCACGGGAGGAAGAAAAGACAAAUAUUCCCCUGGGGCUGGAAGGUGGCCACGCCUGUUUUUUUUUCCUGGUUAAGAAGGUCACGCAGGGCCCUCAGAGAAUCCCAUAGGAUCCAGGGAAAGGUUGGAUUACUGAGACUGUCCCUGCUACUGUCCCUGGUGGAGAGACUCUGGGCCUCCCUGCAGCUGCUGAGAUCUGCCUUGCUUGUCAGUGGCAUUUAGCCAGUUUGGGACGGAAGAGAAGGUGUCUGGGGCCAGGAUGAUGAACUACACCACCAGGGAGGAUUAUGAUUAUGAGUAUGAUCAAGAACAUUACACUGACCUUCCGGAUAUCCCCGUAGACUGCCUAGAUGGCAACUGCUUCUCUAGUGAUGUCUACCUCAUAGUCCUGCUUGUGUUGUAUGCAGCCGUCUUCCUGGUGGGUGUGCCAGGCAACACCCUGGUGGCGUGGGUGACCUGGAAAGAGUCCCGCCACAGGCUUGGGGCCUCUUGGUUCCUGCACUUGACCAUGGCAGACUUGCUUUGCUGUGUUUCUCUGCCCUUCCUGGCUGUGCCCAUCGCCCAGAAGGGCCAUUGGCCAUACGGGACAACAGGCUGCUGGCUGUUGUCCUCCGUCACCGUUCUGUCUAUGUAUGCCAGUGUACUGCUCCUGACCGGCCUCAGCGGUGACCUCUUCCUACUGGCUUUCAGGCCCUCCUGGAAGGGUGCAGAUCAACGAACACUUGGGGUGCGUGUGGUCCAGGCCUCCUCCUGGAUGCUGGCCCUGUUGCUGACUGUGCCUUCUGCUGUCUACCGUAGGCUGCUCCAGGAGUACUACCCUACCCGGCUUGUGUGUGGCACAAACUAUGGGGGAUCGGUCGCCGCCGAGGCUGCCAUCACCACGGUUCGAUUCCUUUUUGGCUUCCUGGGGCCACUGGUGUUCAUGGCCAGUUGCCACGGCAUCCUCCAACGGCAGAUGGCCCGCCGUCACUGGCCCCUGGGCACAGCUGUCGUGGUGGGGUUUUUCUUUUGCUGGACCCCUUAUCACAUCCUGCGGGUCAUCAUCGCAAUGGCCCCUCCAUACUCCUUGCUCCUUGCCCGGGUCCUGGAGGCGGAGCCUCUGGUUACAGGCCUGGCCCUUGCUCACAGUGCUCUCAAUCCCGUGAUGUUUUUAUAUUUUGGAAGAAAACAACUCUGCAAGUCACUCCAGGCUGCAUGUCACUGGGCCCUGAGGAAUCCACAGGAUGAGGAAAGUGCCAUGACCAAAGUAUCCACCAGCUGUGAAAUGGUGUCUGAGAUGCCGGUGUAGGCAAGAGGGAUUUCCUAGGCCAUCUCAGAACUGUGCAGCUUUAGGCACAGCUGGAUGCAGGAGCUCAGCGAUGGCUUUUAUUCUUUGUUCAAUAGAUAUUCAUUGUGCA